AUUAAAAUUAUCAAUUUGGCUGCGGUUGACCCUGGGUUGACCCAAGGGUUGACCCAACGGUUGACCUUUGCGCCAGCUCAGUUUGCAGUUUGCCCUUUUUGCUUUUUGUAAGUUUUCCAUUCUGGACUCUGGACAUUUUUCUCUAUUUAUCUAUACUUGUCUAUACCUGUUCUGUGGUCUAUACUUACUAUACUUGUGUAGAUAUUCCCUGAUAUUCCAAACCUGUGUUCCAAACUUGAUUCCAAGCAGCAAACAUAAUCAAUAAUCAGUUUUGUCUGUGUUUGUCUGAUUGUAAACAAAAUACACAAGAACAUAGAAUGUCCAUAUAUGAAGUUAAAUAGUUUUAAUAUCGGUAAAUACAACGUUUCGGAUGAGUUUAGUUUUAUACAUAGAAGAUAAGUGUAUUAAUUAUUGAUUCAAAAUGCAACAUAACAAAGUUAACACUGUUGACAUUUUGGGUUCUCAUGCCUUUGGGUCCACUUCUCAUCAUGAUAGUGAAAUAAAUAUGAGUGGUUCAGGUUCUAUAUCCAGGGAACAUAGCGAAGAACGACGUUUUAGAGAGGUUGAAAGGAUAGUUUUAACUGAAAAAGAUCGCAGGGAACCUGAAAUAUCUCUAUCCCUAUCCUUAAAUGAUUCUGAUUCUAAUAUGUCUGGAUCACAGGAGGUGCUCCAGAUAAAUAAUGCAGAUCCUAACAUGUAUAUGAUGGGUAGUAUGGAUAGUGUAAUGAUGAAUAUGUUCAUGAAUCCUAUUAUGGGUAUGAACAAUUAUAUUGUGCCACCGAUGAUUACAUCAAAUGAUUCUUCAAUAAUACUAAAUAGCGCAAAGGAAAUUAUUCAUUGUAAAUCAUGUACUUUGUUUCCUCCUAAUCCACAUGCACCUGCCCCAACAACUCGCGAACGCCCUCAAGGUUGUAGAACAGUUUUUGUUGGAGGUUUACCAGAAAAAAUAUGUGAAGAAAUUUUACAUGAAAUAUUUGAAAGAUGUGGCGAAAUAUCAACCUUAAGAUUAAGUAAGAAGAAUUUCUGCCACAUAAGAUUUGUUUUUGAAGCAUCAGUAGAUGCUGCUAUAUUUUUGUCAGGUUAUCGAGUAAGAAUUGGUUCAAAUAUUGAUGCAGGAAAUACAGGAAGAUUGCACGUUGAUUAUGCACAAGCUAGAGAUGACCAAUAUGAAUGGGAAUGUAGACAAAGACAGUUACAAAGAGAACAAAGACACAGGGAAAGAAUGGAAGAAGAGAGAUUGAAGAGAUCUUCACCUCCGCCUGUAAUACAUUACACAGAUCAUGAGGCUAGCAAUGUGGCUGAAAAAAUUAAGCAAGAUGACACAUUUACCAAAGCAGUUCAGAUUGUUAUUACAUGGUUAGAAAGGGGAGAUUGCAACAAGAAAAAUGCCAAUAACUUUUACUCAAUGAUUCAAUCAACAAAUUCCCAUAUUAGACGGUUAUUAAAUGAGAAAUCUCAUUAUGAAGAAGAACUGAAAAAAGCCAAAGACUUACUUAGAGGUAGAAUGCAGGGCAUACUACUGCAAUUCAGUCACAUUGAGAGAUUAUUCACGGCGGCUCACCACAAGAAGGUUUGGGACCAUUUCACUAAAGCGCAGAGAAAGAAUAUCGAAGCUUGGAACAAGCAGUCGUUGGAAAUAAAGAAUUACCAACUGGAAGAUCUGCAUGAAAAACAGACAGAUGACGAUGAAAUGGAGGUGUCUGACGACGACGAACCGGUUAAGAAAAAAUCUCGGGAUGUUUCAACUGACGAACGCAACAAGUUAAAAGACGAAAAUGACAGUCUGAAGUGCCAAGUAGAAGCCUAUAAGAAUGAGGUUGAAGUUCUUAAAAUGGAUUACAAAAAAGACUUAGAAGAUAAAGAAAAACAAUUCAAGAUGCUCCAACAAACACUUCAAGGUAUGCAACAGCAACUCAUGGAUGCCAAAAAGAAACAACUUGAAGAAGAGCAAAAAGUAAAAGAGUUGGAAUCCAAACUGAAACCGAAUAAAUCUGCUAAAAUGUCAGAUAAAUCUGCUAAACUAUCAGAUAGAUCUGCUAAAUUAACAGGUAAAUCUGCUAAAAUAUCCGAGGUUAUCACACUUGAUGACGAUGACUUUGAACAAUCAGAUAUCGACAGUGUAUCUGAACUUGCCAGUCAGGCAGACACUAAUAUUAUGUCAGAUUGCGACGCUAAACUCGUUGGUAUUAUAUCGACUUUUCUUAAUGUGCACCCUUUUGGUGCUAGUUUAGAUUACAUUUGGUCAUAUGUCAGUAAAGUUGAGCCUAAUCUGAGACCUUCAGAUAUUGAAUCUCUAAUGACUCGUUUUCCGGCAGUAUUUAAACAGGAAUUAGCCGGAAUAGGUGCAAAUAUCGAAAGGAAAUGGAUCUUUAACGCUUUUAAUAUGGCACCUAAAAUAAGUAGUUCAAGUAGAUCAAGCGAAAUUAUGACUAAGUAGAUUUAAGUAGAUGUUAUUUUAUAUAUACAAAAAUUUGUAUAGAGUUUAUGAAUGAAUAAAGCAUAUCUGCUUAUUC